AUGACUGAAAACUCGCGAUGCAUCGAAGAUCUAGCAGACGAGUUGAUCAUUAAGAUUCUCUUCUUUUUAGUCCCCGAGGAAUCUCGAUCUUCCACGUCCUCCCCCGUCAAUUCACAUGUUCAUUCGCCUGAACUCAAUGGGCGUCCGGCACAUGUUCAGGGCGAGAAGUCCGAUUUAGACCGAUUUCGACUCGUCUGUAAACGCUUCUAUCGCAUCGGCACUCCGAGCAAGUUCACCAGCUUUCAACUCCGGUUUUCGCGACAGGGAUUCCAAAGGCUGGAAGAGCUUGUGCACAGGCAGCUGGCCUGCUGGUCGCAAAUAUCCGACGAUCAUUUUCCAGCCGCCCAAACACAUAUAGCACGAUUGCAGGACCAAAUACACAUUCUGGAAGGCAACCACGACCGUGAAGUUCUAAAGAAAGCCUUGUUUGCGUUCUCGUCCCUAAGACAGGUCAAGCUCAUCCGACUGCAGGAUCAGGCAGACGAACAAUUGCUCGACCUUAUACGAGAUCGUAUUCUGGAGGAAACAAUGGCUCUGCAUUGGGAGCCAGCCUGCGCCCGAGCAGUCAGCAACAUGGGGAUUGCCUUGCUCUCGUCCAAUUGUACCUCGGUGCGGUUUCUCGGGCCUCAUACCGACCCCAGAGCAGCAGUCAAGCUUCUGCAGACUCCAUCCGCUACGCUCUCGGCCAUCGGAGCCCGAUUAGCUUGCCUAGAAGUCACUUUUCUUUCAAAGACAGACUUGACAAGGCACAUGGAAGACCUUUCUCUCGUCUUCCACGACGUUCUUCUCGCUGCGAAGAAACUGGAAUCUAUUCAUAUCGGUUUCUCACCCGCCGUCCCUCUAGGUCUACGUCUGAAUCAAGUCUUUCAUCGCAUCCAAUGGAAAAAAUUACGCAAGCUCAGCCUGGAGGGUUGGCACCUAACCUCUGACGAGAUCAUCGCUCUCAUUCGUCGCCAUCGUCAACAGGUCCGCAAUAUUCGUCUUGAAAGAGUCUUCCUUCGCGAUGGCAGCCAUUGGCGUGAUGUUCUCUCCGUUCUCCAUGAUGAAAUGGAUGAAAUAGAAAGCAUAUAUUUGCGUGAUAUCGAUUAUGUCAAGGGCGACGCUACUCAUGACUUCGAUGGCACCAAUGGCCACGGUAACAAUCAUGGCAUGGGCUACGGUAAUGGCAGCGGUAAUGGCACCGGGUCCUCUGGGUUUCAGCAGCAACUUCCCCAUAGCACGGUGCUUAGCAUCAACCAUUCGGAGUUGGCUUUCGUCUUGUCGGGGUUUCCGCGCCAUGACUCUAUCCCGGAGGCUAUAAGCAAGCUGUCCGUGGAUGAGCUCGGUGAUAACGGGGCACGUGUCACCCACGAGAAGAUGCAACUCUGGCAGGCCUGGGUUCUUUCUAGCCCGCGUAAGAUUGCUCGAAGGAGGAUUUGA